AGUAACAACUUAUGUGUAUAAGAAAAUGAUGCAGUUCUACAGGUGCCUGUUGCUUUUACUGUGGUUUUUCUCAGUUCCAGAUAAGGCAGAUGGAAUGGAGGAAAAUGCAGCACGAUUGGGCACAACCACCCAGUCCUCAUUAUAUUAUGGCUGGUAUCCCCAGUAUGUUAUCGAUGGUAUACGCACCAGCUGUUCUCAUACUCUACAACAGACCAACCCUUGGUGGAAAUUGGACCUGCUGAAGACUUACAGUGUGAACCGAGUGCUCAUCACUAACCGAAUACAAGUUCCAGAGAGGUUAAACGGGGCACAGAUUCGUGUUGGAAAUGAUGGUACAAGCCUUUACAGCAACCCCAUAUGUGCUGUAAUUCCCAGUAUUCCAUCAGGUGAGACCGACACAUACUCAUGUCAUGGAAUGGAAGGACGUUAUGUGUAUGUAGUUAUUCCUGGAGAUUCCAAGUUCCUAACUCUCUGUGAGGUAGAAGUCUAUGGGGUUAUGCCAGGAAAUUUGGCAGUAGGACAAAAUGCAACACAGUCGUCAACAAAUGGCCUCUGGUUUGCAGAACAGGCCAUCGAUAGUAAUCGAGGUCUCUUGAAGUCAUCAUCCGCGUGCUCCUCAACAAACAGUGAGAAUUACCCAUGGUGGAGGCUGGACCUGCGUCAUGUGUACGAAGUUAGCAGAGUGGUCAUCACUAAUAGAGUAGAUUGCUGUCCAGAAGAAAUAAAUGGAGCAGAGAUUCGCAUUGGAAACUCUUUGGAGAGCAAUGGCAACAUCAACCCCAUAUGUGAUGUGAUUUCUAGCAUUCCAGCUGGUGUGUCCACCACCUUCUUCUGUAACAAUAUGGAAGGUCGCUAUGUGAAUCUGAUCAUUCCUGCUGAUUCAAGGGUUCUCACUCUGUGCGAGGUGGAGGUAUACGGUACAGGUCCCCUUUUAAAGGAAUCAUUUAUGAAGAUACAUUUUAAGUACAGUGCAAGUCUGACUGAACCUGCAAUUCAAGUCAACAUACUUACACAGCUUGAAACCGCCCUGGCUAAAGUAGGGAUAUCUGACGUGGUGUUGCGUUGGUCUAUGUUACCCAAAUCGGAAGUCCAGAAUCAAGCUAAACAAGAUCAAUGUGUCCGAGAUAACUAGGGAUUGGAAAAUCUAAAUUCUCUUUGGGACAGCUUCAAUGUUCUCUUUCAUUUACAUUGGCUUAAAUAUUCUCUGUUCCUCUCUAUCAUUUACAAUGUAUGGGAUUUACAAUGAAACUUUUCACUUAAAUUUAUUUUUUUUAUUUUAGAUCCAUUUCUUGCAUUAGAUCUGCUUCUUUUUCAUCUAAUUUUAUUAUAUAUGUAAAGUUCAAUUUCAUUAAUAUAGUGAUUGCAGAAGUUAUUUUUUAGUUUGUUCACUAUUUAAUAAUAAGUUACUUUUGCUUGAAUAACACAUGACUGAAUAGUAAAGUUAUUUACUACUAAUUUAUGAUGUUUAUGUAUUUGGUGUGCUCACCACUAGUUUAGAUUUAUUAAAAGAGCAAACCAUAGUGUAGUACACAGGGUGAAAAAGUGUCACAACCUUCAAGGUGUCAUGAAGGUGUCCUUGUAUGCAGUGACAAAAAGGGAUACAACACAUUGGAUGAAUGCUCAAAAAAGAUGUUUUAAUAAAGGAAAAUAGUAACAUAAAUUUAAUUUUAAGGUCUGCAGCAUUCUGGCACGUUCUUGUAUUGCUUUGAUCUCAAUUUGACAAACUCUGUAUACAAAAUACAGUAUCCAUGCACAAAUCUAUAUCAAUUAACAUGACAAUGCAAUUGUCAAAACACUGUAUGUGUAUUACACUCUAAGCAAUUUCCAUAAACUUAUCAAAUCAAUUAGACGAUUGUUCUGCGUCUAUACUGUAUGUGCUUCACUAAAUAUUUCAGUUGGACAAUUUCAGUUUAGAAGUUCCAAACCUUUAACAUACUGCAGAAUUCUUUCAAUAUCACAAAAACAUGAAUUCAGGGGAAUCACAGAUUAAUAUUACUUUUUAAAAUGUAAUUAAACGUGGACAAAAUGCAUAAAAAAACUCAAUAUAACACAAAAUACAGCUCAACAUUUUAAUCAGUCACAAAAUUCACAUGAAAUAUCUGUAAUUGCAUUAUAUUUCUUUGUCUGAAAUAACAUUUUAGCAAUAUAAUGAAUUUUAAAAUCGUGCAUAAAACAAUCAAUUUCAAAUCAGCUUACAUUUUAUACGCAAUAUAAAUCAUUGAUACCACGAAUGCAAGGAUGGAGUGGUGAGAAAUAAUAUCAAAGAUGAAUACAAGGAUUACAGCCAAAAGGUCAAAGCAAUUGAAGAAAGCACCACAAUGCUGCAGAUCUUAAUGUAAAACUUAAUUUAAAUGCAGAUCUUAAUGUAAAGCUGUUUUAUGUAUCAAUGUUCGACAAAAUUGGCAUUUAAGAGACCCAUAAAGGUUUAAUAGAUGCAUUUCUAUGCCCAGCCUUAUGUAUUUGAACUGGAGUACUCAGAAAUCAAACAAAGAGAUUGAAGAGCCUAAAAGACAGCCAGUCACACCGUGUCUUAACCGGACAUCUAACAACAUGCAAUAAAAGGUAUAAUUUCUAUGUUAGAGUUUUUGUACUAAGCAGCCGCGACAAGCGAUGAGACAUUCUGUUGAUCGCUUGGUUUCUGUUUUUAGCGUUGCACAGUGAAGCCCCAUCUGCUAUGAACUGAUACCUGUCCAAUACCUGUCAUAAAAAAAUAUUGAAGCAGCAUAUCAUGAGCCGGUUAAAAACAAGUUGAUUUUGGCUGAGAAUGUUACACCUAACCGACUGUUUUUCUGAGGUCUUGCUCUCUUCAGGCGGAGAUUUGUCACAAACACACACACACACACACACACUGGUUCAGCAUGGAGAAGAAGUGACACUUACUG